AUGAAAAAGCGGCUCAAGCGACAGCGACGAUGCGACGCCAAGCUCGCGAAGCGCGCCGAGGCGAAGAGGCGCAAAGCCGACGUCGCGGCGUCGACCAAGGCGGCGUUUCACUCCAAAGUGAACGCGAUGUCGAGCGAGGCGCGGGACGCGUUUUUCGUCGAGCGCGGCGCGAGGAUCGAGGCGCGACGACGCGAGACGGCGGAGAGGAAGGAAAGGCGACGGGCGCAGCUCUCGUCGGCGUACGGAUUGACGAUCGAUUGCGACGAGGAUCUGACGACGACGAUGGAACGCGAGCGGUGGGGGAGCUUGAUGAAACAGUUGCGCGCGGCGUACGAGAGGAAUUGUAAGACGACGGCGCCGUUUAAGAUGAGCUUCACGCGAAUGAGCGAAGCGUUCGAGGAACAGAUGGGAAGGAUGAACGCGGGGUGGGAGAAUUGGCACGUCGUGCGGUUGGGGAAGACGUUGAGGGAGACGGCGGCGGAGAGCGAGACGACGGCGAAGUCGCUCGUGUAUCUCACCGCCGAUAGCGAGCGCGAACUGCGCGAGAUAGAGGCGGGGAAGACGUACGUCAUCGGUGGGUUCAUCGAUCGUAAUCGACACAAAGGGCUGACGCUGCGCAAGGCUCGGGAAUUGGGCGUCGAACACGCGCGGUUGCCGAUCGGCGAGUUUCUCGAGACGCGCGGCGCGCCCGUGCUCACCGUGAACCAAACGGCGGACGUCUUGACGUCGUUUCUCGAGCGCGGCGAUUGGGGCGAAGCCAUAGAAGCCGUCGUGCCCGCGCGCAAGGUGGUGAAAAUCGCGAAUCGAUCGAACGAGGCGGACGCGAAAAUCAAAGACGCCGAGCGCGCGCGAGACGAAGACGAAGACGAAGACGAAGACGAAGACGCGUCGCCGACCGCCGACGACGACGACGACGCGCCGACGUCCACCGACGGCGCACCGCGAUAA